UUAUUUCUCUGCAUUUAUACCUGUUUUACCCUUCCCUGUGAUAAUCACAUAUUUGUCCCCUGUUAAGUCUACUUUUCUGUCCCCUGUUUCUUGAUUUGGUGAAAAGUCCUUGUCACCCUUGCUAAAAGCUAACAGCCGAAGAGGGUGAAGACGAAAGCACCCUCUGAUAUCUUCGGUGGGCAAUAAACCUUCGACGUUGACGUCCCUGAUGAUUUUGGGGAGAUCGGCGCUGUGCUGGUUGAGAAUGACUACCGCAACAAGAUAUAUAUACAGAAAAUUGAACUUUCCGACAAAGUUAUCUUCACAUGUAAUUCUUGGGUUCAUUCCAGUCAUGAUAACCCCCAGAGGAGGAUCUUCUUUGCCUAUAAGUGUUACCUGCCGUCGGAGACGCCAGAAGCCCUCAAGUCGCUGAGAAAGAAAGAUUUGGAGUUCAUUCGAAGGAGAGCGUAAAGCCUUCGAGAGGAUUUAGGAUUACGAUGUAUACAACGACGUUGGGGAUCCUGACAAUAAGAGAUCCGAUCUAUCACGACCGGUGUCGGUGGCAAGAAAUUUCCUUUCCCUAGGCGCUGCCGUACUGGUCGGAAAAUGUCCUCCAAAGAUCCGUUGACGGAGACAAGAUCUUCGGACCCGUUUUAUGUACCAAUCGAUGAAGAUUUUUCAGAGAUAAAGUCGGUAUCAUUUGGAGCAAGGACUUUGUAUAAUAUGCUCCUUUCUGUUAUACUCCGCAUAAGCACGGCUUUGACAGGAAAAGACGAAGACUUUCUUUUAUUCCAGGACAUAAACUUGCUUUUCGACGAAGGAGUUCUUAUUAGUGGUACUGAUAGAGAAGUUGCAAGUGUUUUGCCUAGACUUAUCCAUGAGGUUGCUGAUGCAGCAGAGGACCUUAUCAAGUUCUCAUUACUCGACAAAUGCUUGCUGGUCUUAAUCCAUGUAACCUACAGCUGGUUACGGAAUGGCCAUUGA